GGGAGACGGCGGCGCCAUCUUCCCCUUGUGCUUUGCGGCCCUUGCGCUCCAACUUCCUCCUCCUCGUUGUCCUCCUCGUGGUCCUCCUCCUCGUCGUCGUCUCUCUCUUUGCUCCGCUUUAAACGUCGCCAGAAUGUCGGACGUCGACACCUCGCUGAAGAAGGAGGGGGCGGACAAUGCGGACGCGACGGCCGGCGCCGCCGCCACCACCACCACCGCCUCCUCCGCCGCCGCCGCCGCGGGCCCCAAGGACGAGGCGAAAGCGAGGGACGUGAAGGAGAACGGCAGCCAGAAGUCGAAGGAUGUGCAGAAGGACACGAAAAAGGAUCGCGGCGGGCGUCGCGGUGGCCGCUUCGAACCGUACAACCGCAUGAACCGCUUUGAGCCAUUUGGCCGUGGGCCCCGUGGAGGGCGCACCAUGGACCGCAGGAGCACGGGCAACCGCAUCUACAUCAGCAACAUCCCCUACGAGAUGAAGUGGCAGUCGAUCAAGGACCUGAUGCGCGAGAGAGUGGGUGAGGUUACAUACGUGGAGCUGUUUUUGGAUGCAGAAGGAAAGUCCAGGGGAUGCGGCAUCGUGGAGUUCAAGGACGUAGACCACGUGAAGAAGGCUGUUGAGAUCAUGAACAAACACCUGCUUGAUGGCCGCACGCUCAAUGUCAAAGAGGACCCCAACGGGGAGCUGGCUCGCAGGGCCUUUCAGAAGAUGGGUGGCGGCAUGGGCCCCGCCGGGAACAUGGGUCCCAGGCAUGACGACAUGAUGAUGAUGGGGCCACCCAUGGGCAGAGGCCCCGGCGGCAUGGGAGGAGGCCCCGGCGGCAUGGGGGGAGGCCCCGGCGGCAUGGGGGGGGGCCCCGGCGGCAUGGGGGGGGGCCCCGGCGGCAUGGGGGGAGGCCCCGGCGGCAUGGGGGGAGGCCCCGGAGGCAUGGGAGGGAUAGGAGGCCCCGGAGGCAUGGGCGGGAUGGGCGGGAUGGGUGGAAUGAGUGGGAUGGGCGGACCUGGCAUCAUGGGAGGCCCCAUGCCCAUGUCGGGGCCCGGCGGGGGCAUGAGGGGCGGCAUGGAUGGGCCCGGCGGCAUGGGCGGCAUGGGCAGCAUCUCCGGCAUGGGCGGACCGCUGGGGGGCCAUUCCGGCAUGGGCGGGGGCGGGCCCGGCGCCGGGAUGGGUACGGAGCUGCCGUCCUCGGGCAGUGGGGGCCCCGUCAACAUCCCCAUAAGCAUGCGCAACAACCCCAACAUCCCGCCCGAGCUCCUUAACGCCUUGCAGUCGGGCCGCCUCGGCACCACGGUCUUUGUGACAAACUUGGACUACAAGGUGGGCUGGAAGAAGAUAAAGGAGGUGUUUGGCAUGGCGGGGGUGGUGAAGCGCGCCGAGAUCAAGGAGGACAAAGAAGGCCGCAGCCGCGGCAUGGGCGUCAUUAUCUACGAGCAGCCCGUGGAGGCGCUGCAGGCCAUCUCGAUGUUCAACGGUCAGUUGCUUUUUGAGCGGCAGAUGCAUGUUAAGAUGGAUGACCGCUCGCUGCCCAAGGACGACUUCCUCCCAGCUGACAAGCAAGCACAGCUUCCCCAUGGGCUUGGCGGAAUUGGCAUGGGCCUGGGUCCCGGAGGUCAACCGAUUGACGCGACUCGGAUUGGCUCCAUGGGAAGUGCUGGGCCUGCAGGAGGCCUUGACUCUAGCCCCGGGUAUGGAGCCAUGGACAGGAUGGGCGGCCUUGGUGGGGGCUCUGGCUCUGGUGGAGGAGGCUAUGGCGGCGGCCUGGGUGGCAUGGGUAAUGCAGGCGGCUUGGGUCAGCUUGGGGGAAUGGGUGGCAUGGAUGCCUACCGGGGUGGCAUGGGCAGCAACAUGCCUAGCAGUUUGCCGACUGGCACAGGCCUCGGCAUGGGAGAUUCAUACAAGUCCAACAUGGUUUUUGACAGGGACCUCGGAAUGAACCGAGGCUAUGGCAGUAGUGGUGGCAUGGGCGGCGGGAUGGGCGCCGUGGGCAUGGGUGGCGCCGGCAUGGGAGUCGGAUCCAUGGGUUCGGGCUCCUCAGGGAUCGGUCACAUGGGAGGCAACAUGGUGCCAAUGGGAGCGGGGAUGGGUGGUCUAGGCAUGGGCGGCAUGGGCCUAGGCGGCAUCGGCAGCUCCAUGGAUCGCCUGGGCAGCAUGGGCAACGUUGGCGGUGGUGGCGGUGGCGGCCCCGGCAUGGGCCACCACGGCCACGGCUUGGGCGCGGUGCUGGACAUGGAUCGCGGUUCCGGGGCUGGCGGUGGUGCCGGGAUCUACGGCCUGCCCCGCGACAGGGAUGGCUACGGAGGCGGUGCGGGCAACAUGGGCGCCAGCGGGCUUGGGGGCAUGCCGCUCGACCGCAUGGACCGCCGCGGGUGCCAGAUCUUCGUCAGGAAUCUGGCCUUUGACUUGAGUUGGCAAAAAUUAAAGGAGACCUUCAGCCAGUGCGGCCAGGUGAUGUUUGCGGACAUCAAGAAGGAGAACGGGCGGUCGAAGGGCUGCGGCACGGUGCGGUUCGAUUCGCCCGAGGCCGCUGAGAAGGCCUGCCACAUGUUGAACGGCAUUCGCAUCAACGGGCGUGAAAUCGACGUGCGCAUCGACAAAAACGUCUGAGUCUCCCCGUCCUCCCUUUGCUCCCCGUCGCCCCAUACCCUCGCACAACACCAUCUCACCCAUCACCAUCUCACCCGUGCCUGCAACGCGACCGCUCCCCUCCCACCCCACAAAGACCUCGACGCAAGCUUAUGCGUUUCCUUCAGCCAGCGGUGGUGACCUUGAAUCUCCCGUACACGGCCAACUUAGUCUGCGCAGCUACUGUAGAUUUUCGCCGUUUUUCGCUGCGUUGCUUAACGAAGUGUUUUCGGAUCGUACCGCAUGUCGCUCUGCUCGGUUUCUGGACGUUUUGCCGUCAUGGAAGCGAAGGUCUCAGCACGCGAGGCGAAGCGUUGGGCAUCGUGUGCCAACUGACCUCAAAACACCUCAGAAAUUGAUGACGUAUUUGGACUAGAUUUUUCUGAGACGAGAAAGUUAAUUGCAGACUUUAAUUUGCGUUUAAAAGAGAUGUUAGUAAUGCGAUUCAAUAGCUUAUUAACCUCGCCAACAAUCGUAAUAAAAUGUAAUUUACAGUUUAUUGGCGAUGCAUUGGAAACAGGAUUGUGUUUAUUUGUUAAACAUUUAUUUUUAAACCGUUAAUGUACAUUGGGGUUGUAGCUUCGAUAACGUAGAUUAUUUUUUUUACUCUUGCCGUCGGAUAUAUCAGGGCCCUCCCAUGUAAGUCGGUGGGUGUGGUUUUUAAUUGUUAAUGAACAAUAAAUUACUCCCCCAUGCAAGGACUUUUCAUAAUAAAUCCUGCAGAAGCUACGGAUUGCCGCUAAUGGUGAUGGGCUAUACCACACAGCUUGUAUUUACAUCUCAUUGCACAACUGCAUUAUAAUUUUAGUGCAGCAUGACAAUAUGCAAACUUAACACCUAACUGCUGUCCGCACCUUAGAUUCUCAUGGUUGGCUACGUACGGUGCAAAGGAGGUUCUACAUACAUACGUAAUACAUACAUACACAUACCUAACAGUUAAUGCCGCAAAAUAUUAACAUUCCUUUCCACUGCAGUGACGUGCUGUGCAAUAUAUAUGAAAUAAUUUGCAUAAUUAACUUUUCUCUGCUUGGGAAUUGCCAUCAAAUGUGCAGGGUGUGGACACCUUAAAAGACUGAUGA